GGCCCUGCCCUCGUCGUGGCCGCCAUUUUAGCUCCUGGUUCGGGCCGCACGGAGCGGUCUGUGGUGGCGGGAGGGGUGGGGGUCCCUGCGAGUUGAGCAGCGGGCCUCUUCUGUGUGGAUCCGGCUGCUGGAGUCUCUCUUCUUCCUUCCUUCCUAAGCGUCCGCUCUGGGAGUGCGAAGAUGUCCAAGAGGCAUCGGUUGGACCUGGGGGAGGAUUACCCCUCCGGCAAGAAGCGUGCGGGGACCGAUGGGAAAGACCGGGAACGAGAUCGGGAUAGAGAGGACCGAUCUAAAGAUCGAGACCGAGAACGUGAUAGAGGAGACAGAGAACGGGAGAGGGAGAAAGAAAAGGAAAAGGAAUUGAGAGCUUCCACCAAUGCUAUGCUUAUCAGUGCUGGAUUGCCACCUUUAAAAGCUUCUCAUUCCGCUCAUUCAACCCACUCCGCUCAUUCAACACAUUCUACACAUUCUGCCCAUUCAACACACACCGGACAUGCAGGACACACAUCACUUCCACAGUGUAUUAAUCCAUUUACCAACCUGCCCCAUACUCCUCGAUAUUAUGAUAUUCUAAAGAAACGUCUUCAGCUCCCUGUUUGGGAAUACAAGGAUAGAUUUACAGAUAUUCUUGUUAGACAUCAGUCAUUUGUACUGGUUGGUGAGACUGGGUCUGGUAAAACAACACAGAUACCACAGUGGUGUGUGGAGUAUAUGCGAUCCUUGCCAGGACCCAAAAGGGGAGUUGCCUGUACACAGCCCAGGAGAGUGGCUGCAAUGAGUGUGGCUCAGAGAGUUGCUGAUGAGAUGGACGUGAUGUUAGGCCAGGAAGUUGGAUACUCCAUUCGAUUUGAAGACUGCAGUAGUGCAAAAACCAUUCUUAAGUAUAUGACUGACGGGAUGCUCCUUCGUGAAGCUAUGAAUGAUCCCCUCCUGGAGCGUUAUGGUGUGAUAAUUCUUGAUGAGGCCCAUGAAAGAACAUUAGCUACGGAUAUUCUUAUGGGUGUUCUAAAGGAAGUUGUGAGACAGAGAUCAGAUUUAAAGGUUAUAGUUAUGAGUGCUACCCUAGAUGCUGGAAAAUUCCAGAUUUACUUUGAUAACUGUCCUCUCUUAACUAUACCUGGCCGAACACAUCCUGUUGAGAUUUUUUAUACUCCCGAACCAGAGAGAGAUUAUCUUGAAGCAGCAAUUCGAACGGUGAUCCAAAUACAUAUGUGUGAAGAGGAGGAAGGAGACCUUCUUCUUUUCUUGACUGGUCAAGAGGAAAUUGAUGAGGCCUGUAAGAGAAUAAAGCGUGAAGUUGAUGAUUUGGGUCCUGAAGUUGGUGAUAUUAAAAUCAUUCCAUUAUAUUCUACACUUCCACCCCAGCAGCAACAGCGCAUUUUUGAGCCACCACCUCCAAAAAAACAGAAUGGAGCAAUUGGAAGAAAGGUGGUUGUGUCAACUAAUAUUGCAGAGACCUCUUUGACAAUAGAUGGUGUGGUGUUUGUUAUUGACCCUGGAUUUGCAAAGCAAAAGGUAUAUAACCCUAGAAUCAGAGUUGAGUCUCUUUUGGUGACAGCAAUUAGUAAAGCCUCAGCUCAGCAAAGGGCUGGUCGAGCUGGACGUACCAGACCUGGGAAAUGCUUCAGGCUGUACACAGAGAAAGCUUAUAAAACAGAAAUGCAGGAUAACACCUAUCCUGAGAUUCUGCGUUCUAAUUUAGGAUCAGUUGUAUUGCAAUUGAAGAAGCUUGGUAUUGAUGACUUGGUACAUUUUGAUUUUAUGGACCCACCAGCUCCCGAAACUCUGAUGAGAGCGCUAGAACUUCUGAAUUAUUUGGCCGCUUUAAAUGAUGAUGGAGAUCUGACUGAAUUGGGAUCCAUGAUGGCAGAAUUUCCUUUAGAUCCCCAGCUCGCUAAAAUGGUUAUUGCAAGUUGUGACUACAACUGUUCUAAUGAGGUCCUAUCUAUUACUGCCAUGUUGUCAGUGUUUUGUUCGCCCCACGGAGGCCAAGAAAGCUGCAGAUGAGGCCAAGAUGAGAUUUGCCCACAUAGAUGGAGAUCAUCUGACACUGCUGAAUGUUUACCACGCUUUUAAACAAAGUAAGUAAAGUCAGAUUGAAGGUACUCUUUUGUCUGAAUGUCACUUGCAACAUAGAAGAUAAUUUUUUCAUCUCGAUGUCAUUUAUAAUCUGUCACAAGAUUUGUUAGGAAAACUCCUGACUAGCAUUUAAAAUAGAAUUGCCAACCUCUUCCAAAAUUAUUAGGGUUUAUAUUCAAGGAAAGAGGAACAAUUAAAUAAAAAACUUGAAAAAUACAGUGAUACAAAUGAAACCUGUAUUACUGCCAACAUAGGAAAAUUGUGAUAUGCUUUAUGUUUUAUUUCUAAAUGUACAUUUUCCAGUAAUUUUUGUAUUAUGUGAUCGACACUGACAUUUUUUAAAUAAAACUAACAAAUUGAACAGGCAGUAGGUUUGAGUCCCUGCUCUCAGUCAUACUACUAGUGUCUGUAAAAGUUCACUUGCAGGGUUUCUAACCUAUACAAUUAAGACAUUUGUUGCCCACUUAAUUAUUAAUUUCUCUAAUUUUUAUCAAAGCAGUUAUGAGAUUCAAAUAUACAAGUAGUAUUUAUAUGCGUAUUUUGACUUUUUGGUAGGUGAAUUUGAUGAAAAUAUUAAACAGUGGAUAUCCAAAGAUGUCUUACUCUGCCUAUUGUAUUAUCAACAGAAGCCAGAGGUAGAAAAUGAAUUAGAAAGUAAUAUUAAUUCCCCAGAGGCAUGAUUUUUAAUUAAAUGUUUCUAGUUACUAGGAAAAGGGUGGUAAGCCUUAGUGGGUUUUAGACCUCUUACUCUGUGUCCUUGUAUUAUACCAGAGGCAGCACAUGUGUUUGAUAGAACAGAUACUUUCAAAGUAGAACAGUUAGUCUUACUCACUAACUGUUACCUUUUAAAAUACAAACUUUUGGGGCUAGAGAGAUGAUUCAGUGAUUAGGGGCCCCUUUUUGUUCUUCCCAAGGACCUGAGUUCACUUCCCAACACUCAACAUUGAAUGAUUACAAAAAUUGUUAACUCUAGAUCCAGGAGGAUCUGAAGACUUAGGCCUCUACUAGCAACUUACCUGCUGCCACACAGAAUUAAAAAUAAAUGCAGUUUGUAAAAAGAAAAAUUUCAGAUCACCAUAUUAUUUGAAUGUUUCAAAUUCUAUUUAUUGAAUUUUUAUCUUGGAAAUAUGGGGAAGCUAAGAUUUUAUGUUAUAAAAUGAUAUCUUAAUAUCUGUAUACUUACAAUUAAACUUUAGGUUAUAGUGUAAUACUACUGUAUAUAGGGAGCCCUCAUUCUAGUGUUUUUGUUUUUGUUUUGGUGGGGGGGAGUCUUCAUUCUAACAUACAAGUGCUUUGCCUUUGAAUAUUUAAAGUAGCUCUUGGCAUUGUAAGGAGUAACUAGCAAGUAUUAGUUUAGUUUUUUUCUAUACCGUUUAGUUUUUUGUUUUUUUUUUUUAUCAGAAAUGUGGUAGAGCCAUCAGGUGAUAUGUGGUUAUCUUAACUAACAUUGUCAUUUGAUUGGUCAGUUGGCUAGUUAGUUAGUUAGAUAGAUAGUUAGUUAGUUGAUUUAUCCAUGCAGACAUUUAACUUGGAUGAUACUCCCUUUCUGAGGAGCUAGGACAACAGGCGUAUUUAACCACACCAAGCUCUCGUUAGUCUUUGAUACUUGAGUUUUAAAAAUUGGGAAACUUUAAAAAGCUGCACUCUUGAUUAGUGUAUGUAAAGCAACACCUUAGUUUAGAGAUUGUCAUUGCCCAGCUUUUGCUCAAAUUCUUCAGUUCGUUGGAAGAUGUAUUUCAUAGUCCUGCUUAUUACCGCUAAAAUGGCAGUAUAUUCUGUAAAAUGGUAAGCCUGUCUACUUAUUUAAGUCUGUUUAAAACUUGAACAUUUCAGUUGCUUGAAUUCCAGCACCAAGUACAAAACAAUUUACUACAAUUAGAAUAGCUUAAGAAGACCUAGUUCUAGUUUUUAAUGCUUUCUUCUUUUAUACUUUUCCAAUUUUGAAGCCCUCUCAAUUUUAUCAAUAUCAAAGAUCUGUGAAGCAGAUGUUGCAGUUUUCUUGUGUGACUGUCAUCAAAAAUAGGCUACUCCAAAA